AUGCAGAGCAUCUUGCGCCAGGUGGUGCCCGUGCCGAUGACAUCAAGCCGUAUUAGAAACGGACUAGAGCUCGCUGACUCGACGAGCUACUUGCAGGCUGCAGAAUCCCGGGCCACUGAAGCCGCUGGUAAAGACGCACUUGACUAUGCCAUCCAAGCAGCCGAGCUCUACAUGAAAGCCGCAGGUGAUACACCUAGCAAAGCGGACGCGGCUCGCCUCAGACGCAAAUGCCAGGACAUGAUCACAUAUGCGGAAAGACUCAAGAGUGAUCUCUCCGAAACAGCGCAGCCUGUACCAUCAGCCACUAAGGGACGGAUUGUAGCCCAGCCAACAGUCUCACCCAUCUUGCAAUUAGGUUCACGACUACAUGGGAACGAGUUUCCGAUCUGGCAAGACGAGCCGAAGGUUGACGAGUUUGAUGCCUUGCCAGGCGAUGGCUCAUUUACAGAUAAUACCACCUUUUCCUUAUCCACAAACCAGAUGUCCAACUUUGCGGCCUGGGUCAGACCGGCAGAGUUAUUCCAAUUGGACCGGCAGAAUGACAGGACAGCUUUGGAGGAUGCAAUGAUGCAGGUGUCUGCGAGCAGUAACUUGGUGCAAGACAUCACGACAGACUGCUCCGUGGUAGCCAGCCUCUCGGCUGCCUUUAACGUGCUGACAGGGAAGCAUACGGUUCUUUCAUCAAUAUUCUACCCUUUUGAUCUUCUAAAAAAAAGACCUAGGCUUUCUCACUCUGGAAAGUACGUGAUGAAGCUGAAUUUCAAUGGAUGUGCCCGCAAAGUUGUGGUGGACGACAGAUUGCCUUCCUCACGGACGAGUCGUGCGCUAUUUGUGGUCGACAGGCAAAAUCCAUACCUCUUGUGGCCAGCAUUGCUCGAGAAAGCGUACCUUAAGGUCAGAGGCGGUUAUGAUUUUCCAGGGAGCAAUUCAGGCACGGAUUUGUGGGUGCUUAUAGGCUGGAUCCCCGAGCAGCUGUUCCUGCAAAGAGAGGACAUCGACCUAGACAAUGUCUGGAAACGGAUAGAGGUUGCCCACAAAUCCGGCAAUGUCGUCGUGACCUUGGGAACUGGCCGGGUAUCUACCGAAGAGGAGGAGGUUAUGGGCUUGAUUGGGGAGCAUGAUUAUGCGGUUGAGAACAUUGAUACCUCAGGUGGCAGCCGACGUCUUCUGAUAAAGAAUCCCUGGUGUGACGGCCCGUCCAUGACGACAUUAGGGUGGUCAAACACUCAGCAUUCGGGUCUGAGCGAAGCCGUUAGUAAUGGGUCCUCGCAAAAGCGGUCGAUGCAGGAACACGCUGCUUCUAGCACACUUUGGGUGGCCUUUGAAGAUGUUGCGCAGCAUUUCGAAUCCAUGUAUCUCAACUGGAAUCCGGCAUUAUUUCCUUGUCGCCGAGACCACCACUUUGCCUGGGAGCUUCCCCCAAAGUUGUACGGUGCAUCCUUGUCCAGGAAUCCACAAUUUUCCGUGAGUUCACACAAUGCUGGCACUAUUUGGGUCCUAGUAAGCCGUCACUUUGUCGAUGCCGAGCUAGAUAUCGCCCGUGAAAGACGGGACUCGAUGGCUGCAGUAGCCCGUCAACUCGGAUUUAUGAGUAUAUUAGCGUUUGAGAAUGGUGGGAGAAAGCUACAAAUAUGCCGUGGUGAAAUAUACCGCGGCCCCUACGUUGACUCUCCACAAACCCUAGCCCGCCUCUACAUCCGACCUGGGCGGCCCUACACAAUAGUGGUUGAUCAACACGAGCUGCCUUUGCCUCGCUACCAUUUCACUCUGUCACUCUUUUCACACAGUCCACUAGUUGUGAAAGAAGCCUCAGAGACAAUGUCACAUUUCACGGAGCAGCUUGGAGCAUGGACAAGAAGAACAUCUGGGGGCAAUUCAUCGUGCUGCACAUACUUUCAAAAUCCGCAGUACAGACUCUCUAUCGACAGACGAACCCCGGUAUCUAUUCUUCUCUGUGCUGAUACCGAUGACAUUCAUGUUCAUGUGGAUGUAGUAUGGGCGCAAGGCCGCCGAGUGGACAACAUCAGAGUGAAGGACCUGGUGGCUUCGUCCGGGGAGUAUCGUCGGGGAUGUGCGGUAGCUGAUAUCGCAAUGCUUGAGACUGGAGUUUAUACUCUGGUAUGUUCUGCUUUCGACGCAGGACAGUUGGGCCAGUUCUCUUUACGGGUUGGAACGAUGUCGCCAAUCGUGAUCAGACCCGUGCCUGUGGACAGUGCAGGUAGAUUCGCGACGAAACUACCCCAAAUUCACCUGCCACAAGGAGAUGAGCGAUUUCGUUUGCCGCUUGAUGUGUCCUGGCUUACCAAAGCAAGUGUUUCCAUGCAUAGUAGUAGUGCACCAUUGCAACUAGGGAGCAGGGCAAACUUGCCGUCGUCACAAGUACUUCGCGUGUCAAUUAUUCACUGUUGGGGCCCAGAACAAGCCACAAUAGCAGUUUCUGGGGAGAACGAGUUCCAAAACCCUGCAAAUACGAUACGCACACCGCAGUUUGACAUGGAACCGGAUCGUAUAAGGAGAGAAGGACUAUGGAUACUUGUUGAAAGUAUGGGCUCUCAUGGAGGAACGUUGUCCAUCGACGGAGAGAUCUCUAGCGACUCUCCAGUGCGGAUUGGAGACUGGGAAUGUGUUUGA